AUGCCGUCCGUAUUUGAAGACCCUUGGCCAAAGGACAAGAUCAAGAGUUCGCUUCAAGCCGCCGCAGCCGGCCAUAUCCAAAUCAUUGAGCUUUUCCUGAAACUCAUACCGUACUUCAAACAUGAUGAUGCGGGUGGUAUCCAAGACGAAGCUCUAGCAUACUCAGAAUGGCGCUAUGUCAAUUACAUCCGCUACUUACGCAUCUUCGGCGUUGCGCCACAUGACUAUCCACCCCCAUGGGACGUUGCCAUCAUCUGGUACUGCCAUCUUCUAUCCCCUGGCAAAUUUCACCGGUAUCUUUGGGAUGGGAAGUAUCGCAACUAUGGCCUGAACCAUCAUCAUUUCCCAGCCAAGCGUCUACUAGACCUCUAUAACUCGGGUACAUGGUCCGACAGAAAGGCCCAGAAGAAAUGGGAACUCUACAAUAAGAGGAGCGAUAGUCCGCGGCUAUCCUUCCAGCUGUGGCGGUACCCACCAUGGCAACCCGAGCGAAAGUCAAAGCUGCUUUCACCUUUUUCGAACAAGCAGCCAUGUCUGCAGAUUAAAGCUGACCCGGCGAUCAUGAUGCACGAUUUUGGUGGUGAAAUUGCCUGGUGUACCAUUAUGGGCAAAAAACAAUGGAGUUUGUCUGAGUGGACGGAUGUGAGGAUCGGGAAGAGGCGGGACGUCUGUGUCAAAAAUAACCUACACAGCAGGGAUGGAGAACUGUGUCAGCUGGCACCCUGGCCUACUCUCAAUGACCUACGAGACACUCUGAACAGCCAGAUUGCGUUUUGGAAGACGAUACUCUUGGCAAGGGACAGUGAUACUUCCUUUGCCACGAGUCUCGGCCGCUCAACUGGCGAUUACGAACGAUUCAUCAAGUUGCUUGGACGGCCUGCCGAGGGAACCUUUACUUCACGCCCGCUUGAGUAUGACAUGGAUACGAUCUUCCGGUCCAAGUCAGGAACUCAUUUGCUGAGGAGCCGCUGCAUUGUGCCUCCGACCCUGGCUAUCGAUCUUCUUUGGCAUACGCACCGGCUUUAUCCGGGAUGUUACUGGGUGUGGAGCUUCAGCGUCGCAAGGAGGCUUAUCGACUACGAGCACAUCACGUCGGCUGCUGCAGCAGGCAUAUUCCUCAAUGACACGAGGGUUGAGUGGACGAAGAAGUAUGGCACAGAUUGUCCUAAAGAUCUUAUCAUGGAUGAGCUGGGAGGAGACGGCUACGUCGCUGAUGCGGCUGCGGUUCCACCAGGCCACCCUGCCAAAGUUAAGGCAAAGUUCGUGCUUGGCGGCACCAAUCCUAUCAGGAAGAGAAAGAGACGAACAAAAGGCGAGUAUUUUGUCUUCGAUGGAGUCUAUGUGGCUUUUGAUAGUGGUGAUUGUGGUGGAGGGGAUGGAGGCGGUGGCGGCGGAGACGGAGGAUGUGGUGGUGAUGGCGGAGGCGGAGGAGGGGGAGGCGGUGAUGGAGGAGGAUAG